AUUAAAGUCAUCUCUAUGACCGGAAACUUUUUACCGUUCAUUCCUGGUUGUCUCUAUCAAAAGAAUCUUUUCCAUCGUUCUUCGUUUACCGUAUCGGAGGUUAUAAAAAUGACUCGCAAACGCCGUAAUGGAGGACGCGCCAAACACGGCCGUGGGCACGUAAAGGCUGUGAGAUGCACGAACUGCGCCCGUUGCGUUCCUAAGGACAAAGCUAUCAAAAAGUUUGUGAUCAGAAACAUUGUCGAGGCAGCCGCUGUCAGAGACAUCAACGAGGCCUCCGUGUAUGCUUCAUUCCAGCUCCCGAAGCUGUAUGCAAAGCUCCACUACUGCGUGUCAUGUGCUAUCCACAGUAAGGUAGUACGGAACAGGUCUAAGAAAGACAGACGUAUCCGUACUCCGCCUAAGAGUACCUUCCCCCGGGACAUGGCAAGACCACAAAAUGUACAGAGGAAGUAACUUUAAUUAAAAUAAUAUUAUAAAAA